CUGUUCUGUCCAGCAGCUUGUUCUCUGUUGACACCUCUUGUACUUUUUCAUACUGAACAUCGCAUUAAAAAUGGCCACAGCUGGUAAGGUUAUCAAAUGCAAGGCUGCAGUGGCAUGGGAGCCCAACAAGCCUGUGGUGAUUGAGGAGAUUGAGGUAGCCCCUCCCCAGGAUGGUGAAGUUCGGAUCAAGAUUGUGGCGACCUCAGUGUGCCAUUCAGACCUGUACCACCUUUUUGAGAAUAUACAUAAAGACGGCUUCCCAGUCGUCCUUGGCCACGAGGCAGCAGGCAUCGUAGAAAGUGUUGGACCUGGAGUCACCGAGUUUCAGCCAGGAGACAAGGUGAUUCCUCUGUUCCUUUCCCAGUGUAAAGAAUGUCGUUUCUGUAAACAUCCUAAGACCAACGUCUGUGAGAAAUCAUGGAGUGAGAUUCGUAUUGAUGCGAUGUCACCACUGGACUCCAGAUUUACCUGCAAAGGGAAGAAGGUGUAUCAGUUUUCAGGAACCAGUACCUUCUCUGAGUACACUGUGGUCAGGCAGAUUAAUCUGACUAAGAUCGACCCUGCAGCUCCUCUGGAUAAAGUGUGUCUCCUCAGCUGUGGGAUCUGCACAGGAUAUGGAGCAGCAGUUAAUACUGCAGAGGUGAAAGAGGGCUCCACAUGUGCUGUGUUCGGCCUGGGAGCUGUUGGUUUGGCUGCCGUCAUGGGCUGUAAGAACGCAGGAGCCAAGAGGAUUAUUGCUGUCGACACCAAUCCGGACAAGUUUGAGAAAGCAAAGGUGUUCGGAGCAAAUGAAUUUGUGAACCCCAAGGAUCACGACAAACCCAUCAGCCAAGUGUUGUCUGAGAUGACCAAUGGGGGAGUGGACUACUCUCUGGAAUGUGUCGGCAAUGUGGAAGUCAUGCGCAGUGCGUUGGAGUCCACUGUACAAGGCUGGGGAGUCAGUGUGAUCGUUGGCUGGAACAUGCAUGAGUUUUCUGGCCAACCCAUUAAACUAAUUACUGGACGCACAUGGAAGGGUGCCCUCUUUGGCGGUUUUAAGAGUAAGGACGGCGUACCGGAGAUGGUUAAAGCCUACAUGAACAAGAAGCUGAUGGUGGAUGAGUUCAUCACCCACAACCUGACCUUGGACCAGAUCAAUGAUGCCAUUGAAAUGAUGAAACACGGGAAAUGCAUCCGGACCGUCCUGAAUGUUUCUCCACAGUAAGUCCAUGUUCAGUGACAAGCAGCUGGAUUAUACUACAGAAUCUUCUGCAGUGUCCAUGUAAACAAAUGUCAAACAUGUCAGAUUCUUUAUGAGCAAGAGCAAUAAAUGGUCCAAACAGAUGAAGUUGUCGUUGUUUGGAAUCUUGUUUUGUUGAGUGUCCUGUGUCUGUAUCAUGUUGUUGAAUUUUUUUUAUUGCAUUGUAUUGAGUGAAGCUGAAGUGUUAUAGUUUAGAUUUUCCAAGACCAGCCUUGUGUAAUCAUUAGGCACGGCAAGUUUGUAUCGUAUCAUUCAUAUAAAAGACAA